GUUCCCGCCUCUUCACCAGCUCUUUGUGUUCUCUGGCCAGGACCUCGCUGUACGCCAACAUGGCCGCCACCUGCGCCCCCCAGUCCGUGUCCGUGUUGGUGCCCGAGUCGCCGGUCGUGGACUCCAUCCACUCGUCCGUCUGGAAGGACUUCUCCUGCAUGUCUGUGAGGCGUUCGGGUGCUCGUCUUCCUCCCACGUGACUCUCCGUCACAUGACCACACCGGAACUCCACCUGACUCCUUGCCCCCGCCCCUCGCGCCUGUCAGUCAGGCGGCGAGCUGUCCGCUUGUUAGCACGUUAGCUUAGCACCUUAGCUUUCGAGCGUCGCUUCUCUGGAACCACAAAAAACAUGGCGGACACAGCCAGGGAGCCUACGCCCGACCACAGCGGCUUCCAGGAGCUGGAGGACGCCGAGGACCUGUUCCCGGAGCUGGCCGCCCCUCUGGAGGCAGGACCGGCCCGUCUGUCCACGCAGGACAUCGGCACCGAGUCCAACGGGCCCAAACGGGACUCCUUCUUUGACGACGACGCAGACGACUUGUUUGCAGAAGCCACAGAGGAAGUGUCCCUGGACAGUCCAGAGAGGGAAGUCCUGCUGUCCGACGGCCCGUCCCCCGCCAUCACCCCCAUCACCCCACCCGCCUCUAUCAUCACCCCUCGCAUUGGCCACGCCCAUGACGACAUGUUCACACAUUCCUCCUUUGACGAGGUUGAAGAAGACGAGGGCGGCGAUGCUUUCGACGUGCACAUCUCCGUGUCUGACCCCGAGAAAGUCGGUGAUGGCAUGAACGCCUACAUGGCCUACAAGGUCACCACCAAGACGUCCUCGUCUAUUUUCAGGCUGCGGGAAUUCUCCGUCCGGCGGCGCUUCAGCGACUUUCUGGGCCUGCAUGGCAAGCUGGCGUCCAAGUACCUGCACGGGGGCUACAUCGUGCCCCCCGCCCCUGAGAAGAGCAUCGUGGGCAUGACCAAGGUGAAGGUGGGCAAGGAGGACCCGUCGUCCAACGAGUUUGUGGAGAAGCGUCGCCUGGCGUUGGAGAGGUACCUGAUGAGGACGGUGCAGCAUCCCAUCCUCCUCAAGGACCCGGACCUCCUGCAGUUUCUGGAAAGCUCUGAGCUGCCUCGGGCCGUCAGUACGCAGGCGCUGAGCGGCGCCGGCCUCCUCCGUAUGGUCAACAAAGCCGCCGAAGCUGUCAAUAAGAUGACCAUCAAGAUGAACGAAUCAGAUGCCUGGUUUGAGGAGAAGCAGCAACAUUUUGAGAAUCUGGACGUCCAAUUGAGGAAACUUCACGCCAGCGUGGAAUCGCUGGUUUGUCACAGGAAAGAGUUGUCGCUGAACACGGCACAGUUUGCCAAGUCGGCGGCCAUGUUGGGGAACAGCGAGGACCACACGGCGCUCUCCCGUGCUUUGUCCCAGCUGGCGGAGGUGGAGGAGAAGAUGGAGCAGCAGUACCACGAGCAGGCCGACGCCGACUUCUACUUCCUGUCUGAGCUGGUGGGCGACUACGUGCGCCUCCUCGCCGCCGUCAAGGGCGUGUUUGAGCAGCGCAUGAAGACGUGGCAGAAGUGGCAGGACACCCAGCUUCUCCUGCAGAAGAAACGCGAGGCUGAAGUCAAGCUGCAGUUUUCCAACAAGGCCGACAAAGUGGCCCAGGCCAAAGACGACAUCAAAGAGGAGAUACAAGAGGUAGGCCUUCAUCAUCACCGUCCUCCUUUCUUCUCCUGUCUUCCGUGAUGAUUCCAUCAACACCAUCACAUCAUCAUUCUUACUCCAUACUUUUCAUUUCUUACACACAUGAUGAGUAUAUACUCUAUAGUACUUAUAGUACUUGUUGCAUUAUUGACAUCUUUUCUUUCAUGUUAACCAUCAACUAACAAGUGUGCACUAAUGCACCAAAAGUACACAAGUGUGCACUUAUGCAGCAAAAAUACCAAGUGCACUUAUGCACCAAAAAAUACAAACUAAGUACACAAGUGUGCACCUAUACACCAAAAAUACAAAGUACACAAGUUUAUGCACUCAAAAUCCUACGUAUCAGGAUGCAAGUGUGCACUUAUGCUCUCAAAGCACAAAGUGUAAGUGCACAAGCGUGCACUUAAGCACUCCAAAUGAAAACUCUUAGUACACAAGUGUACACUCAAGCACUCCAAAUGCAAAGUCUAAGUACACAAGUAUGCACUUAUGCACGCCAAAUGCAAAGUUUUGUAGACAAAUGUGCACUUACGCACUCCAAAUGCAAAGUGCAAGUCCACAAAUGGGCACUUUUGCACCCAAAAAACAAAGUAAGUACACAAGUGUACACUUAUGCACCCUGGAUGCAAAGUGUAAGUACACAAGUGUGCACUAAUACACUCAAAGUCCUAAGUGUUAGGACACAAGUGUGCACUUAUGCACCCUGGAUGCAAAGUGUAAGUACACAAGUGUGCACUAAUACACUCAAAGUCCUAAGUGUUAGGACACAAGUGUGCACUUAUGCACCCUGGAUGCAAAGUGUAAGUCCACAAAUGUGCACUUACGCACUCCAAAUGCAGAGUCUUAAGUGUGCACUUUGCACCCCAAAUCCCACAUGGAAGUAAAGAAGUGUGCACUAAUGCACUCAAAGUCCUAAGUGUUAGGACACAAGUGUGCACUUAUGCACCCUGGAUGCAAAGUGUAAGUCCACAAAUGUGCACUUACGCACUCCAAAUGCAGAGUCUCAAGUGUGCACUUUGCGCCCCAAAUCCCACAUGGAAGUCAACAAGUGCGCACUAAUGCACUAAUACAAGUCAUACGCACCGCCGCCUCUCCAUUGGUCCACGUCAUCCAAGCGCCAUGACCCGUGUGUACCAAGUGUGUACCAAGUGUGUACCAAGUGUGUACCAAGUGUGUACCAAGUGUGUACCAAGUGUGUAGUUUGUCACACCGCGCGUGUCCCCCCCCCCCCCCGGCGCUAA